GAAAUGAUGUCUCUUGAUAUAUCUGACAGCGCUCAAAUCUAUGCUGCGUUUGUGGUCUACCUGGAUCUCUUAGAAGGGAGAAACUGGCAUGAAGUGAAGCAUGUCGGAGUAGCAGAACUGCAGCUCGUAUGUUUACACGCACGUGAAAGAGAACAGGACAGUCUGCAAGUGAUGGUGCCGGUACCUGUGCACAUAUCGUUAAGCCAUGAGAGGAUAAGAGAAAUCAUGAAGAAAGCCUCUCUUCCACAAGACGAUCCUGACAUCCCGCUGUCAGUUACCUUGGCCAUAGUUGAGUCAGAUUCCACAGUAGUCUACUAUAAAGUGACUGAUGGCUUUGUAAUACCAGAUCCUCCUGAUGAUACUGAAGAUGUGGACAAUAAACAGUGGAGAAAGAAAAGAAAGAAGCUUUUCAAAUGA